ACCCCCCCCCCGCUCCCUCUGGGUCACCAUUCGGAGACGGGGCACAAAGCAAAUAGGCAAAGGGUUCUGCCACAGCCCCACCUGGCGGAAGGGUCUUUCUUUCCCCUUUCUCCAACACCUCCCUCCCCCCGUUUUGGUUUAUGGAGAAAAAGAAAAUGGUCACUCAGGGUAACCAGGAACCGACAGCCACUCCUGACACAAUGGUCCAGCCAUUCACAACAAUCCCAUUCCCACCUCCUCCACAGAAUGGGAUCCCCACAGAAUAUGGCGUACCCCACACUCAGGACUAUGCAGGCCAGACCAGCGAGCACAAUCUGACAAUCUACGGGAGUACACAGGCGCACGGAGAACAGAACACGAACACAGCCACCACACAGAAUGGAUCUCUUAUGCAAACAGAAGGAGGGGCACAGACGGAUGGCCAGCCGUCACAGAAACAAAGCAACGAGAGUACCGAGAGCAAAUCUACUCCAAAACGGCUGCAUGUCUCCAACAUUCCCUUCCGCUUUCGGGAUCCUGAUCUCAGGCAGAUGUUUGGGCAUUUUGGCAAAAUCCUUGAUGUAGAGAUAAUCUUUAAUGAACGUGGCUCCAAGGGAUUCGGGUUCGUAACUUUCAAGAAUAGUGCUGAUGCAGACAGGGCCAGGGAGAAAUUACACGGCACCGUGGUAGAGGGCCGUAAAAUCGAGGUUAAUAAUGCCACCGCCCGUGUGAUGACUAAUAAGAAGAUGGUCACACCGUAUGCAAACGGUUGGAAGCUGAGCCCUGUGUUUGGAGCAGUGUAUGGCCCUGAAUUAUAUGCAGUUCCAGGCUUCCCUUACCCAACUGCAGCCACCACAGCAGCCGCAUUCAGGGGAGCUCAUCUGAGGGGCCGAGGGUGGACAGUGUAUGGUGCAGUGAGAGCAGUACCUCCAACAGCCACCCCAGCUUACCCAGGUGUGGUUUACCAGGACGGAUUUUACGGUGCUGACCUCUAUGGCGGAUAUGUAGCCUACAGAUAUGCACAGCCUGCUACUGCAACGGCAGCCACUGCUGCUGCAGCGGCUUACAGCGAUGAUUAUGGCAGGGUGUACCCAGCAGACCCUUACCACGCCCUUGCCCCUGCCGCUAGCUAUGGAGUUGGCGCUGUGGCAAGUUUAUACCGAGGUGGCUACAGCCGAUUCGCCCCUUACUGAAGUGACAUGAGGCCCCUGCAAGUGGGACAGCCCCCCCCCCCCAGUUCAUGAGGCUUGCCUAUUGCAAUAUUUACUAGUAGAGGAACUCUAUAGCAAGAGGAGGAGGAAAACAAAAGAAAAAAAACGAGAAAUACUUUUUUAUACCUCACUAUGUUCUUUGAAUAUGUAUUUUUCCUUUAAAUUUCUGCCUUUAAUUCUUUUGUUCCAAAGAUUGUGCAUUUUGGGGGGGGGGUUGGUUUGGUUUUUUAAAAAACUGUGGUAAACAUAAUGCAUUUCCAUGUGUGUAUAUGCGUAGCUUAUCCUACCAAUCAUAAAAAGAAAUGAAUAGUGCUAAGGAGCACCAUUAGGAA